CCAUGGCGGCGGCGGCGGCGGCUUCGGCGGCCACGGCCCGUGCCCGCGGAGCCGGCCCGGCGUGGCGGCUGCGCCUGCUGUGCCAGCGCUACCAGGAGUACGUGAGGCGGCACCCGGCCGCCACGGCCCAGCUGGAGGGCACCGUGCGGGGACUCUCCUACCUGCUGCCAGGUCGCUUCUCGGACUCGCACGCGCUGUCGGAGCUGGUGUACUCUGCCUCCAACCUUUUAGUGCUGUUAAAUGACUGGAUUCUCCGAAAGGACCUGCAACAAAGCCUGCCCGUGUCACUGCCCCAGCAGAAGCUGCUGACCUGGCUGAGUGUGCUAGAAUGCGUGGAGGUCUUUGCAGAGAUGGGGACAGCCAGGGUGUGGGGGGAGAUGGGCCGGUGGACCAUCAUUGUCCUCAUCCAGCUGGCUAAAGCCAUCCUUCGUCUCCUGCUCCUGCUGUGGUACAAAGCUGGCAUCCAGAUGUCUCCUCCCAUCAUGCCACUGAACAGGGAGCAGCAGCAGCCUCUCCACCCUCAAGACACAGAAGACAACUCUUCAGGGAAGGAUCAGACCUAUGUUGGCAGGCGUUCCAGCCGUGUUGUGCGCUCUCUCCAGAGCACCCCAUCCCUGCAGUCCCGGCACUGGGGGUCCCCCCAGCAGAGGGAGGAGUCACAGAGCAGAAGAGCGGAGGAGAUGAACCAGCCACCCACGCCUCUGGGUCUCCAAGAAACCAUCGCAGAAUCCCUCUACAUUACCCGCCCUCUGCUCCACCUAUUGAGUUUAGGAGUGUGGGGCCAGAGAUCAUGGAAGCCCUGGCUCCUCUCAGCAGUCCUGGACAUCUCAAGUCUGAGCUUGCUGAGUGAUCUGAAAGAUCUGAACAGGCGAGAGCGAGCGGAGCUGAGGCGACGAACCGUCCUACUGCUGUACUACCUGCUGAGAUCUCCUUUCUAUGACCGAUACUCAGAGGGCAGGAUCCUUCUCCUUCUGCGCUUGUUGGCUGAUUACGUGCCUGGAGUUGGCUUCGUCACACGGCCACUGAUGGAUUACUUGCCUGCUUGGCAGAAAAUCUAUUUCUAUAACUGGGGCUGAUGAGAAGAUGAUUAUUCUCUGCUAAGAUCAUGGCUGGACCUUUCUAAUGAGGGCAAGCAGGCUGGGGGGAGGGAUGUUGAUAAUGUCUAAUUCUCAGUUAAACCAUCAAUGAGAAGCUCCUGUUCUGCAGGGUGGGGAGAGGGGGUGUAUGUGAUUUUUUUAACGGAUCUAGCUGUGAAUGAUGGACACUACAUGUGUGCAGAGACUCUGGCCACCUAUUUCUUGGACCGUUCUGUGGCUACAGUGAUGGUGAUGGGGCAAUCUCUUUUUUAAGCACUUGUUUUUUCUCUUUUUGUACAGCUGUGCUAUAAUAAAGCCAGGCAGCAUAGUGGGUUUUUGGAGAGCAUUGUCUCACAUGUCAAGGCGCUGCGGUUGAACCCGCAACCUGCUUGUGUUGGCUGUGCUUGGCCGAUCUGCUUGGAGCGGACUUGUCUGUCAAAUAAACUGACCGAUGGGAGAGAACUGA